GUCAGUUCUUGAGUUGGUGUCGUGACGUAUAUACCGUAUCCAGUGAAUGUAGCAAUAAAUGUGCGAAUUUUACACGCAACGAUCAGCUUUUGUUUGUUCGUGAACCCAACUUUCCUCUAUAGGAUCCCCCAUGUACCGUGUGGCUAAUUUCAGUAAUUGCUAUUCUUUUAAUGAAGAUGAUUACAGAGCGGAUUUCACAUCCUUCUAAGGUAAUGGUGUGGUGGUUGCUACUGCUUCCGUUGAGCGCCGCCAUACUGUGUCGUCCAGGACACCAGUUUUGGGAUGAAACUUUAGAGAAAUGUAUAAAUUGCAGUACAUGUCCAAAAGUUGGGCAUAUAGUCAUACGACCAUGCCAGGUACAUGAGGACACCCAAUGCGGACGGUUGUCAGACCUCGAUAUUGACUGGUCAUUCCUGGGCAGGCCACGGCCAACAAAAUCAGCCAGCAGUUUACACCGUCAGCAUUUAUCAAAGAAAUAUACCGGUGGUAACCGACGCCGAAGUGAGGCGGAUUCUUCACAGGACAUUAAAACUUUUCCAAACCACAGAAACAGAAAUUCACACCCUGUAUUUGUUUCUUCUGAAGAAACAGAGGUACGAAGCCACAAGAAAUCUCAUCACAAGAAGUUGUCUUCAGAAGAAACAUUUAGUGACUAUAUAGAUGAAACGCCUAAAAAGCACCACAAUCAUCACCAUUCUUAUAAAAAAUUUACUACGUCGGAAACACGUUCUUCAAAUCCCCGAAAAACACAUUCUCAUAAUCAAAAUAAAACUAAAAAUCAUCAUCAUCACCACAGGUUUGAGUGGGCAUCUUCAGAUUCAGUUGAGACUUUUAACGCUCCGGAUUCUUCCAGUUCAUCUCACCUUCAUAAUGAGAGUGGACAUCGUUGGUCAUUCUCUGAGACGGCCAGUUCAUCUGAGCAUCACACAUCCUCAUCCAAGAAGUCAAAUAGCACAAAGAAGCUUUCUCAUCAUCACAGUCACCAUUCUCACGCUCAUAAGAAACAAAUGGAUACACCAGAAACUCGCAAACAUCACAGAAAGAAAGAGAAGCUUCAAAGCCUGCAGGAGGAAGUUGAUAACAUCUUAGUGCAACGCCCAGAGUCAGCUUCUCAGUUAAAGGAAACUGAGAUAAUUACCAACUCUUCGUUUAAUGGUGAGGUAAAGAGUGAUGCACAGGGACAGCAAAGAGUGCUGCCGAAACAUUUGCAUAAAAUCGGUUCUCCAUCCUCUGUCUCAUCAGCUCCAUUUUCUGCCACUGAAGAACUCAUUUGGGACUGGCAGACUGUGGCUCUGGCUCUAGCAGUUUUCGCCUGUCUUCUGUUUUUUGUAGUGGCCUGUGUGUAUACCGUCCACCAUGCACGGCAGUGGAGGAGGCUGAAGGACAAUUUUGAAGAUUUUGAAGCAGAUGUCGGAGAAUUGUCGACACGACUGAACCUUUUGCUGCCGGUAGCCCAUCCUGAAGAGAGAGGCGCUGGUUCUGUACAAGCAGACUGCUGCAGCGACUCCAGUCAGUGCGUCUAUCUGGAACAACUUCUGGCACGCAAACGGCAAACAGAAGAAGAAGAAGGUGAACAUGGGAACGUGUACAUUGAUCGGGAUGUUGUAACUGGCCAACGAGCAUGAAUUAUAUGACUGUACAUUCCCGGUAACAACAGUAGUCGGGUUAUGAACUCAAGAAUUUCAUUAGGUGCUAAUAGGACCAUGAGUUAGUGUAUUAAAGUGCAUUGUCACAUGACUAUUUGGAAAGAGUAGCCUGCCUUCAGCAUUCCUGACAAAGAGCAUAUAGGAUCUGCGUUCACAGUUCUGCCACAUAGCUAAAGCUGAUAUGUUUCAUACUAGGAGUCUAUAGACAUUCAUACUCUAUGUAAGUAUGUCAUUACACAUAAUUCGAAUUAUGAAGAUCCUUCAGAAUGAUUAAUGUAUCCUUAUCUCUGGGCUUUAUGACAUACAUUUUAUCCAGCAUCAAAACUCAAUAUCAGUUCAGCCCUUUUUUCCAAAAUGGUAAAAAUUUUGGAUUAUACAUGCCCCUGAACAUUUAAACCACCGGUUCUCAGGCAAUGCUUUGGUGGAACAUCAGUGUUCCACAGCAUGGAUCAAGAUCUUCUGCUAUUGAAAGUGAGUAAUGCAGAUCUUUUUUUCAGUUUCUAAAAUAAAUAAAUAAAUAAAGUUUAUGGACAGGAUUUCCUCAAUUUUACACAUUUCUUGUGCAAAUAUUAGGGUCUCAAUUUUAAUUAUUUUCUGUUUCUGAGUAAGUGAAACUAAUAUUAAUGUGUUAAUAUUUGUCUUUAUUAUGCAUACCAGUACAUGUUUCGAUCAAUGUGAUCACUUUUAGAUGGCUUAUAUGAAUAUGUAUCAUGAUUAUUGAAUUAUGUGACUAACAUGGAACUAUAUUAGUAAAUUAGUAAAUGCAAUACUGAAUAUUUUCAUUCAAUUUAGUAUAACUGUCUUAUAAUACGUUACAGGUUACAGGUAAAAGUUAAAAAUUAAAAAUUAAAUAUUGAACAUUAAAAUUAGGUAAAAAGAAUAAAAUAGAGUGUAGUUUGGUUGAUCUUGAUGCGUCUCUCAUGCCAGACUACAUUAUUGUUUCAAUGGCGUUACAUAUCUGAAAAAAAUAACCAGUGUACUUUUACAUCUAUGUCAUGGAUGUUGUAAUUAUGUGGAGUGAUAUGGGUGAUUACUUCCAUAUUUAUAGAUGUGCAGUGACUGGUCAGUUCUACAUAUUGACACAUUAAUAUUAUAUUCAUAUACUCAUAGGUUGUUGUGUUGACAACAACAUUAUUAUUCUUAAUGAUAAGAACAGGAUUUAAAUGAUAAUGAUUUUUGUCUCUACUGGGUGAGACUUAAUACUGAUUUUUAUCAUUGUUGUCAUCGUCAUCAUCGUCACCGCUGCCGCCGCCACUGCCACCACCGCCACCACCACCACCACCACCACCACCACCACCACCACCACCACCACCACCAUUUGUUGAGAUGUGUAGACCAUCAUAUAAUAUACUUUCUGCUAUUAGUAUUGUUCCCAGUUAAAAUAAUGGGGUAAAAGAAAAUUUGGUUUUCAAGGUGUUCUGUAGAGAGCAACAUGAUGACCAGGUGCUCUGUGAACUGAAGAGGUUUGGGAGCUACUGAUUCUGGCAGUGGAAAAUAUUUAGAUUACAUCAUUAAUUAUCGAUGCUAUAUUGUAAUCGUUCUUAUAUAUUUAUGACAAAAGUUUUAACAAAUAAGUAAUGGCUGGACUGAUACAUUGACUGGCAUAGGUAAAAAGGUAAAGUUGUCCUUCUGCUUGACUAAUUAAGCACUAAGACAUGAAGGUGUAGGGGGAGUGGUUGU